UCACCGAACUGGCAACUUUGAGGGAGAAGAUGGAGGCCAUGGCACAGACGCAAAGUGCCCUGAAGGAGCAUGUUUGGAAGAUGGGGCAGAAAAUGGUCGCUGUUGAAACCAAGCUGCAAAUGAGUGAUAACCAGUCGGAGGAGCUCAAAGAAAUAAACCAAGCUCAGCAUGAGCAGCUGAAUGCACUUAAGCAGAGCUUGGCAAUCGGGCAGAUCAAGAUGGCCUUCAGUGUUGCUCUGGGAAGCUCUAUGGGUCCAUUUGAACAAGACAUGCCCCUGAAGUACCAGCGGAUUCUCUGCAAUAUCGGCAGCGGCUACAACCCGGCCACCGGCAUCUUCACAGCCAUGGUGCAGGGGAUGUACUAUUUCAGCUACACCGUGUACAACAACAACUCCGCCCAGCCCAACUCUGCUGUGUCGCUGAUGCUGAACAGCCAGAAGUUGGUGUCGACGUGGAACACCGAGGGGGACGACAGCCAUGAAAGUGCAACCAAUGCGGCCGUGGUGGAGCUGAUGGCUGGAGACAGUGUUUUUGUGCAACUCUAUGCGAAACGGGCGCUCUAUGAUGACGGGUAUUACUACAACACCUUCAGCGGUUUCCUGCUCUUCACCUUGUGA